CGCCUGCUGCCGCGGGGCUGAGAGCGGCUAGUUCAGUGGGCGUCGCUUCCGGCCCUAUCUCGCCGCGCCGGCCAGAGCCAGUUUGCCCCGCACAAAUAGCGCAGCUGAGGCGUCUGCUCGGCAGAGUCCCGGGCUCACUGAACAUUGGCUAGGGCGCUCGGCGCUGUGUAGCCAGAGUCAUGGUGUAGUUAGGUCGACCUAACCCCCGCUGUUCUUCCAUCGACCCCGCUGCGGCCUCUGGGAGAGGUGGAUUAAGUACAGCAGUGGAGAAACCCCUUCCAUUGGCGUAGGAAGCGUCUACAUUUCAGUGCUGUGGUGGCACAGCUGCUGUAAUGUGUAAACAGACCCCGAGAAGACAAUACUGACGCCUUAUUGCCUGCUCUUUCACAAUGAAAGCCAUGGAGGAUCAAGUGGUGCAAGAAGAACUAGGGUACCAGGAUGAUGAGGAAUCCUUGUUUCAGGAUAUUGACCUGUUACAGAAACAUGGAAUUAAUGUGGCUGAUAUUAAAAAGCUGAAGUCCGUGGGAAUCUGUACCGUCAAAGGGAUCCAGAUGACAACGAGGCGGGCAUUGUGCAAUGUGAAAGGGCUUUCAGAGGCCAAAGUGGACAAGAUCAAAGAAGCAGCCAACAAGCUAAUUGAACCCGGAUUCUUGACUGCCUUUGAGUACAGCGAGAAAAGGAAGAUGGUGUUUCAUAUCACCACUGGGAGCCAGGAAUUUGAUAAACUAUUGGGUGGUGGGAUUGAAAGCAUGGCAAUCACAGAGGCCUUUGGAGAAUUCCGAACAGGCAAAACCCAGCUUGCCCACACCCUUUGUGUGACAGCUCAGCUUCCAGGAGCAGAUCGCUACACAGGAGGAAAAAUUAUCUUCAUUGAUACUGAAAACACUUUCCGUCCAGAUCGUCUUCGUGAUAUCGCUGAUCGCUUCAACGUAGACCAUGAUGCAGUGCUUGACAAUGUGCUGUAUGCACGUGCAUAUACCAGUGAACAUCAGAUGGAGUUGCUUGACUACGUAGCAGCCAAAUUCCAUGAGGAAGCUGGAAUCUUCAAGCUAUUGAUCAUUGACUCCAUAAUGGCGCUCUUCCGUGUAGAUUUCAGUGGCCGUGGGGAGCUGGCUGAACGGCAACAGAAACUUGCUCAGAUGCUAUCAAGGCUCCAGAAAAUCUCAGAAGAAUAUAAUGUGGCUGUGUUUGUGACCAAUCAGAUGACUGCUGAUCCAGGAGCAACUAUGACUUUUCAGGCAGACCCUAAGAAGCCCAUUGGCGGCCACAUCCUUGCUCAUGCUUCAACCACAAGGAUUAGUUUGCGGAAAGGAAGGGGGGAGUUGCGUAUUGCCAAGAUAUAUGACAGCCCUGAGAUGCCUGAAAAUGAAGCUACAUUUGCAAUAACUGCUGGAGGGAUUGGGGAUGCCAAAGAGUAGAUGGAAAACUGGUGCAAAUCUCCAUUUGAAAACAGCCCAUGCACCUCAGAUGAAGCCAUGGUAUCCAAGGUCUGACUCCUUGGUUACUUAGUGUUUUUCAUACACAAUUUGGAAAGUUUAAAAUUAGAAGAAUGCCGGGAAGAGCUUUUUAGGUAUCAUAUUUCAAUAAUCUUAACAGUUCCUGGUUCACCUUAGUGCUAUUUUAAAAUGAUCUUUCAAGCAGCCAGAAGUUGAAAAUGCACAGAAAUGUGACCUAUUCAAGGAAUACCUUCCUUGUGGUUCAGGAGAAGCAAAGCUGUUUUGUCACAUGGGCUUAAUGUGCACUUUUUAUAGUUUCUUGGGAAAGGAAUGUCUUUGGAAUAGAAUAUAUUGGCAUAGAAUAGAAUGGAACAGCAUUGAAACACAGUUUUUAAAAAAUAAUGAGUAACUAGCAGACAGAGGGAAAGUGCAGUGAAAGAGAGAGAAGAAUGGGUGAACUUCCUAAUGUUUCAUUGACAGUAGAGGAAUGAUAGUUGCUUGAAAAGAUUUUUAGAAACUUGAUUAGAUUAUUUAUUUGUUUUUAAAGUGCCUGUAUUUUUGUUCUGGAAUAUUUAAAGCUGUUGUCUAUUUUUUAUAUCUAGGAAAAAUGCUAAAUUAAAACAUCUCUCUUUAUGCUUGUGUGCAAUACAGCCAACACAUAGUUUGAGUGAGAUCCUGGUUCUGUGAGUAGUCUCACGGAUUUUGUUGUGAGAAUUUACAUGAGUAAACUAAUGGGAUAUAGCCCAACAUUAUAAUACUUCAAAUAUUUUUUAAAAAUAAAGAAACAGUAUAUGUUGAACACUUUUUUUGGGGGGGAGGGGGAAUUCUUCAAUUUUUCGUCUUACUUCAGCUGUUAUCUAUGAGGGUCCCAGGCUGCAGAGAUCCUCCCUGCAACUA